CAGUCAGUCAGUCAGUCAGCUGCCGGGAUGCAGUCCUGCAGUGGGACUCCAGCGGGCUGCAGCGUCGGAGACUGACGGCCGAGCGGACUUGAACCGAAACCACCACACCAGCGGAACGUUUACUUGACUUCUUCUUCUUCUUCUUCUUCUUCUUCUUCGUCUUCUUCUUCUUCUUCUCUUCUUCUUCUUCUUCUUCUUCUUCUUCUUCUUCUUCUUCGGACGUGGAUGUCGGCCCCCGCCGGGCAGCUUCUCGGAGUUCUCUGGAGAUUCCCCUCGGGCGGUGGGUGGGUGGACGCGACCACAGCGGUAGCAGCGGCGACGCAGGUCCGCUCGAGGAGUCGAGGAGCCCGGCGAAGAGAGGCGGACCGGACCGCUGCUAUUCCGGCGCAGCUUUAAUGAAUAAGCAGAGCUGCUGACCUUCUAGCUGCAGGGACCCUUCUCCACAAGUAUGGGGUCACCAUGGAAACCAAUUCUCCUCCUCUCUGUCAUCAGUGGCCUUUCAGACUCGGCAUGGGCGGUGGCGGCGCGGCCCAUCUCGUACGCCGCCGUGCUACGGAUGAAAGCGGACAGCUCGUCGUCGCUGCUCAACUCCCGCGUACGACCCCGGCAGCAACCCGACGGCGGGCUGGCACCGCCGCCCGACUGGCCCGUCUUCGCCAGUCACCCGCAUCCGGCGCUCAGCCUCCUUGGCUCUCAGGAGGACUACAGAAGUGAAGAGAGCGAAGAGUUUGGGCCGAUUUUCAUCCAGGAGCCCAACGAUGUGAUUUUCCCUUUGGGCAGCGGCGACAACAGAGUGGUGAUGCACUGCGAGGCACGAGGGAACCCUCCGCCUACGUACAGCUGGUACGUCAACGGGACACAGGCGGACACCCGAGCGGGCUUCCGCUACAGGCUCAUCAAAGGCAACUUGAUCAUCGCCAACGCCAGCGAAAGCACCGACUUCGGGACGUACCAGUGCCGCGCCGAGAACACCUUUGGCAUCGUUAUGAGCCGCAAUGCUCGUUUACAGUUCGCUCACAUCGGCGCGUUCAGCGCAAAGCCCAGAGGUGGCGUCUCGGUGCGUGAAGGGCAAGGUGUUGUGCUCAUGUGUACGCCGCCGCCUCAUUCUCCAGAGAUCAUCUACAGCUGGGUGUUCAACGAGUUCCCGUCCUUCGUGGCCGAGGACAGCCGCCGCUUCAUCUCGCAGAUGACGGGCAACCUGUACGUGUCCAAGGUGCAGCCGUCGGACGUGGGCAGCUACAUCUGCCUGCUCAAGAGCACGGCUACCAACGCCCGCGUGCUCAGCCCGCCCACGCCGCUCACGCUCAGGACGGACGGUGUCAUGGGUGAAUACGAGCCCAAAAUCGAGGUGCACUUCCCGACCGCCGUGCUGGCUGCCAGGGGCGUCACUGUCAGACUGGAGUGCUUCGCUCUGGGCAAUCCAGUGCCCACAAUUACGUGGAGAAAGAUCAACGGCAACAUACCGAAAAAGGCCAGACUCCGCAAGUCCCAGGCCGUCCUGGAGAUCCCCAACAUCCAGCUGGAGGACUCGGGGACGUACGAGUGCAAAGCUGAGAACCUGAGGGGAGGGACAGCUUUCAAGGGACAUCUGCAGGUCUACACACUGCCGCAAUGGGUGAGAAUGAUUAAUGACACUCAGCUGGAUAGUGGGGAGAAGCUCCAGUGGGAAUGCAAGGCCACGGGGAGGCCCCGGCCUACCUAUCGCUGGCUGCGCAACGGUUUGCCCUUGACAUCCCAGGGUCGAAUGGAGAUUGUGAACGGUGAGCUCUCCAUUCACAAGCUACUGCCUGUGGACUCAGGAAUGUACCAAUGUGUGGCAGAGAAUAAGUACGGCGCCGUUUACUCCAACGCCGAGCUCAAGAUUUUAGCGUCGGCGCCCGCCUUUGUGCCCAAUCCGGUGCGAGUCGUCGCCACGCUGGGCAAGGAGGCGUCCAUCGAGUGCAAACCCAGGGCGUCGCCCAAGCCGCGGAUCACGUGGAAACGAGUAGACAGGAAGAUACAGCCAAGUAAAAGGUUGAUGCUGUUGAGAAACAACACUCUGAGGAUCGUCAAUGCCAGCCAAGCGGACGAAGGCGACUACGUGUGUCGGGCGGAGAAUCACCUGGGCUGGGCCGAGAUGACAGCCACGCUAUGGGUGAAAGAGGCCAUGCGUGUGGAGCUCAGCCCGAGUCGCGUGGAGGUGACCGUGGGUGAGAGCGUGGUGCUGAGUUGCAAGGCGCUGCACGACACCUCGCUGGACGUCACCUUCCAGUGGCUGUUCGACCACAAGCCAAUCAACUUCCAGCAGGGCGGCGGCCACUUCGAGUACAUUCAGACUGUCCGAGCCAAACAGUUGUCCACAGUGGAUUUGAUGAUAAGGAGCAUUUUGCUGAAGCAUGCCGGGAAGUACGGCUGCAGGGCCCAGACCAGCGCCGACACCGUGAGCGCAGAGUCGGAACUUCUUGUUCGAGGUCCUCCCGGGCCUCCCGGUGUGGUGAUUGUGGAGGAGAUCACCGAGACCACAGCCACCCUGUCGUGGACCCGCGGCCUGGACGACCGCAGUCCGAUCAGUACCUACCACCUGCAGGCCCGUAGCCCCUUUUCAUUAGGCUGGCAAACGGUUAAAACAGACCCAGAGCCCGUGACCGGGGACCUGGAGUCGGCCAUGGCGGUCGAGCUCAACCCCUGGGUGGAGUACGAGUUCCGAGUGGUCGCCAGCAACGCCAUCGGGACGGGAGAUCCCAGCGCUCCUUCCAGAGGAGUCCGAACUAAAGAAGCAGUGCCCUCAGUGGCGCCGGUGAAUGUGAGUGGCGGGAAUGGCCGCAGGCACGAACUGGUCAUUUCCUGGGAGCCGGUUUCGGAGGAGUUCCAAAACGGUGAGGGUUUCGGCUACAUCGUAGCCUUCCGCGCCAACGGCACCCGAGGCUGGAAGGAGAAGAUGGUGACGUCGGCCGACUCGACCACGUACAAGUACCGUGACGAGACCUUCCCGCCACUGACGCCCUUCGAGGUGAAAGUGGGCGUGUACAACAACAAGGGCGACGGGCCCUUCAGCCCGGUCGUCGUCAUCCGCUCUGCCGAGGGCGAGCCCAGAGAGGCGCCGUCUGACGUGAAAGCGUACGCGAUUUCGGCUUCGCAGAUAAGAGUCACGUGGAGACCACCCGACCCCGGUCCUGGAAGACCCAAAGGAUACGAGGUGAGCUACUGGAAAGCGACGGAGAAGGAGGACUCGGGCUGGAAACAGAAAACAACCAAGAACGAGACUUCCUUGGUCUUGGGGGGUUUGGACGGUAACAGCCAGUAUGUCGUCACCGUCAAAGGCUUCAACGGCAUCGGACAGGGACCCGCCAGUACCACUGUCGCGGCCGAGACCAGGAAAGCCCCUCCUGUGCAGCCUCCGGGCAACCUGCUGUGGAUUCAAGAGGGCAACAACGUGUCUCUGAGCUGGGACCCGGUGAAGGCCAAGGAAAACGAGUCCGAUGUCAUCGGAUACAUGGUGUACGGGCAAAGAGCGGCGAGUGCAAGGAGAAACUGGCGUGGCCCGCGUUGCUGUUGGUCCUGCUGGUGCCUUCGGCAUCCUGGUGAGGCCGCCUGCAGUCAUGUUUUUCCAUUUGGGGGGAUAGGACACGCCCGGCUCCUUUUUUUUAUUCCCUCUGCCGCCGCCGCCGCUUGCCCGGCCGGGUCGGCGUUCCCGACGAGGAGGAGGAGGAGGAGGAGGAGGAAAGGUCCGGGUGGGGGUUGUGUCAUCUCAUCACCCGUUUAGUUUCGUGUCCAACAUCGCGCUAGUGUUGUGCUGUCGUGUGCCGUGCGAGGAGAGAUUUUUUGUUUUUUUUAAGCACUCGUCUCAUUGACUCCCGGGCUCUGCGAAGCGUGAACGCUUCUCGGAAAGGAUGCGGCGCGAGCACGAGCGGGAUCGUCGCCCGCCUCCCGCACCCGCACCCGCACCGCCUCCUCCUUCCUCCGGCUGCCCGACGAGCCAGGCGGCAGAAAACUCACUCGAGGAAAGAAGAAGUGCUUUUUUUUUACUAACCGAACCGAGACGACUCGGACUGCUUUCCAAGACUUGCUUUUUUGUACGUUGUGUUACCUUGUAGAGAAGAACACAGUGGCGUGUAUCAGCUUUGUUUCCGUUGGUAGCGGCGCUUACGUGCUCGGUGGUCCAAUUCGUUGGAAGGGCAGUCGGCAGCAGUAGGGACUCCUGGUGACCAAUAAAUGUGAUGUAUAUUUUCAAAA